CUCCCACCGUCAGCUACCCAGUCACGGUCCUCGACCCCCCGGGUCAUGCCCGCCUCGCUUGUGCUGCGAGAUCCUUGGCCAGAGCGUACACCCGAACCGAGGGCCGCAAGCAAGGCCGGCGCCAUUUCACCGCGGGAUGCAGCUUACAGGCUCCGUGUCGGGACGUCCAAGUCCAAGCUUGCACGACAGAUCGUAGCGGACCAGAGCACCGUCGCGGCUGCCAAGACACAAUGCGAAACGUUCUCUGGGAAUGAGGUCAUGUCGUGCUUCCCGACUGCUGACAUCGUCAUACCACAGCAUCAAUGGGCUACUUUCGUUUGGAACUCAAACAAUCCACUUUUUGUUCAGAGUAACCGUGUCGACGUCUACCUAUUCCACGGAGACUCGUUACAGCAAAUUUUUCGGAUACCCAAUCUUGUCAACCCGAAGAAUCAAGCUGGUUCUGUCACUGCGCAGGUCAACGAUUCAUGGUGGGGAACCCGAGGAUCCAACUGGGCGGGGCAAAACAUUUCAUAUCCCUUCUACUGGCUUAUCCAGCCCGCGGGGGAGAGUCUCACAGAUGGUCUACAGAGACCCCAGGCCACUUUUUCGGCCGUUCAAACCACGUUCGCGGACUCUGUUGUUUCAUCCAUGCUAUCUAGUUCUUCUGUUGCGUCUCUUGCCUCCAAAUCGGCUUCCCUUGCGUCGGUUUCACUUUCCCUGGCCCAUCAGACAGCUACAACGACCACAAGUGCUGCCGGGGGGUUCUCGACAGGGGGCCUGGUCACUGGAUCCGUCCAGGCCAGCACCGGCGAUCCGUUCCCGUCUUGGGCGAUUGGGGUUAUCGUUGUUGGACUCGUCCUAUUGGUGUCGGUCGUGGCAUUGAUGCUUUUUGGCAUCUAUUAUCUCCGAGAGCGGGAACGACACCGGGGCGGACCGUACUCUCAAACAGGUUCUCCGCUGUCUGGGGGCCCUGAUAUGGCGCAAGCAGACGAAGCCAUUGUCGGUGGCGCUAUUGGUGCAGGUGGCGGGAAUCGACUGGCGCGGGAAUCGAGCACCACCUCACAUGGGCACCGGACGUCGCAGUCGCUCUCUCACGGGCACUCUCAGCGGACGACCUCACCCGAUUCGGCGCUGACCCGAGCGUUUUCGGGUGCGGAUGCUGCUAUCAUGGCCCAGGCGUUCCGCAAAGAACUUCGUCACGCUGGUGGCCCGCUGGAUGAAGAAGAAGAGGACCCGGAGGGGGCCAGGACACCCGUUCGCCAUGAACACGAUACCUUGCUGUGAUUCUUACUCACAUAGAUGUUUCUUUCUCCUCGGACUUAUCCACUGUAUUGUAAGUGGUCGUUACCCCUCGUUUCUUGGACAAGUGAAGAUAUCAUUAUUUGUACCUUCUUGUAUUCACAUUCACAUCGGCAUCGGUAUCCCUAUUCCCGCUCCUCACUCGCUAUGUCUCGCGCGGGUUGAUUUCCAGAAGGCAUUUUGGUUGGAAAUUUGAGC